CAUGUUUGUUAGUUUUUUAUGACACCAGCAAAUUUCAGUGUUAUUUUGCAUUUAGAUUUUAUCCCAAGCCUGACAAACUUCCCCUAAAUGUUCACUUCUGCCCUUUAAUCCCUUUGUUCUCUGACGAAACAGAGCUUGUUCUGCUUUUAAUAUCGUUGUUGCAGCUUUUACUUUCUCUGCUGUCAGUGGAGAAUUCACGGGGAAAUUUCCUCCCUGGUGGGCGGAGUUUCCAUUGCAGCAGAGGCGGAGCUAAGUGAAGGGCUUUGAUUUGUCACUGGGGUCACGAGCAGUGGAAGGAACCGUGCAGAAAGUGUACAGUAGUGAAGCAUUCAUCUGAAUUUCCACAGACUCCAAUCAGAGUGCCGCUUGAAAAUUUGCUCCUCAUCAGCAGCAGCAGCAGCAGGUAGGAUUCCUUUGUAGACAUUUAAUGUGAUUUAAGUAAAUUUGGGUUUGACCUUAAAUGUACUAAUGUUUCCUUUUGUAGGGAUGAAGUUUAUUGAGCUAGGAGACUCCAUCAACCGCUUCAGGUUUGCUCAGUCCGGUCUGGGAUUAGCAGGCUGCCUCUGUGUGUGCUACGCUGUCUGGAGUCCCUCCUGGUUCCAGGAAAAGGGACUGUGGUCAACGUGGAACAGUAGCAGUAGUGACCAGACCACCAGGACAGAUGAUGCUGCCUUCAGUGUUUUGGAAGCAGAGAGAGUUUUUGGCGUCGUUUCCUUCCUGAUGGCAGUGAGCACCGGCGCUCUCUGUCUGGUGUUUGCCCUCUGCUGGACGUCCCAGACGGUGCGCUCCUACUCCAACACCCGCUCUCUCCUCAUGGCAGGACAGGCUCUCUACCCCACCAACCUACUGCUGUUCACAAUGGCCCCCACAGGUUUCUUCUUCCUCCUGAGCUGGUCGUUCUUCACCUAUCAGCACCAUGAGGAAAUUUGCCAGGACUUCUCCAGCCUGGGCUCCUCCUACUGGCUGGGAGCUUUAGGCUGGACACUGCUGUUGAUCGUGGAGUCUGUCGUUUAUAUUGUUGAACAAGCCGUUGUACCAGACGUCAUACCUGGCUUACAGAAGGCCCUGGAGUCCUGGAGGCUUUCCUCCCAGAUCAAGGACACCAAACGGGCUUUCAGUGCAAACUGGCAUCCUGCAGGUCACAAAAGCCACUUCGCUCUACAGAGGUACCUGUCAAUGCCUUGAGAGGAGGUCAUAAAUGAUCACAUGAUCAUUAAUGCACAGAGACUCACUUUAACUCCUGGAGAUUUGUGUUGCAGCUUUACGGUUUGUUUUCAGCACAAAGUCAAGAAUACACUAAAGAACAACGGAGCUAACGGGGAAAAGCGAUCACCACAGGAAGCUCACGAGGUCAGAUCCAGCUGCUUCUAACUGGAUAAAAUAGUAAAAAACAAAACAAAACAAAAAACCACUGUACUUAGUAUUCAGUCAGAAAACACAUUUUUAAAAUGUUAGCAUAUUACAUGGUACAAUCAAAUGUAAAUGAUGUAAAACGGGGACUUUUGUAGCAUUUAAGCUAACUAUUCUAAAAAACAAAUACAAUUUAUUUUUAUGUUUCUGUUUAAUAAAAAAGAGAAAUUUGGA